UCCCUCAGAUGCCGUAGUAGGAGUUUCGCGCAUGCGCAGUGAGAGCGGUCGCUUCAGGGUAGCAUGCAGUUGAGUUUGUAAACUGCUCUUUGAAUUAAAAACAUUAUCAUCUGAUUGUAUCAUACCGUUAUUAUUAUUAUAAAUAUUAUAUCGCAGCUAUAUAAACCGUUUAUAGGAAGAAGAAGGAAGAAAUACAAAGCGGAAUGAAUCAGUUUGAGCAUUUGAAGGAGGAAGACUGUGGUGAGCAGGAGGAGAUGAAGGACAGUAAUGAGACUGACGGAGGAUCAAUAAACAACAACAACAACAACAUCAGACGCAAGAUGGUGACCCCCGGUGCAGGCGAGCACCCGCUGCAGUAUAACUACACGUUCUGGUAUUCACGCCGGACGCCCAGCAGACCUGCAAACACACAGAGCUACGAGCAGAACAUCAGACAGAUGGGGACGGUGGCGUCGGUGGAGCAGUUCUGGAAGUUCUACAGUCAUCUGGUGCGACCCGGAGACCUGACGGGACACAGCGACUUCCACCUCUUUAAAGAGGGAAUCAAACCCAUGUGGGAGGUGAGUGUGUGAGUGUGUGAAUGAUUGAGUGUGUG